AUGGCCCUAGAUCCACGAUUCUACAGCAAUAUAGGAGGGCAGUCUGACCACUUCGCGACCCAGGCUAGAGUCUGUACUCCUCCCGUCGAUUCUCCUUCCGCCCAAUAUUAUUACGCUGGCGCGACACCAAGUAUGGCUUCAUUUACAUCUGCAUCCUCGGCUGCGUUACGAUCGACCGCGUCCACGCCGUCAUUCCGAUCGCGAGAAAACGUCAUGGCGCCUGUAAGUAAGGCCGAGGCGCCAGUUAACAGUGGAGGAAAUGUUAAGGUCGUUGUGCGUGUUAGAGCAUUUUUACCAAGAGAGAUAAGUCGUGGAACAGAAUGUUUGGUGUCAAUGAAUCCUCGGACACAAUCGACCACCUUGUCUGCGCCACCAGCAGCAAGUACAAAUGACUCGCCAAGUGCAAGGGCCCAGAGCAGAAGUAAAGCGAUUGAAGACAAACCUUUACAUUUGACAAUUCGUUUUGGUCUCAUAACAGAGCUGAUCCACACUAUGCCGAGCAAGAAUACGUAUAUAACUGUCUGGAUGAGGAGUUUUUGGACCACAACUUUGAAGGAUAUCACACGUAGUUACACUAUGAUGGGAACCCCAGAACAGCCUGGACUAAUCCCUCGGACAUGCGAGGAUCUGUUCCAGCGCAUUGAGAACUCAGAGUCGCCUGAUAUUACUUAUAACGUUCGCGUGUCCUACUUUGAGGUGUACAACGAACAUGUCCGUGACUUGCUAGUCCCUCGAACAGAUCCCCCAUACUAUCUUAAGAUCCGAGAGUCCCCAACAGAUGGGCCGUAUGUGAAGGAUCUAACAGAAGCACCAGUUCGGAAUAUUGCAGAGAUUAUGCGUUACAUGCGAAAAGGUGACGCAUCUCGUACGACUGCCAGUACGAAAAUGAAUGAUACUAGCUCUAGAUCGCAUGCCGUUUUUACCAUUAUGCUUAAGCAGAUACACCAUGACUUAUCCUCUGACGAAACCACAGAACGAGUUGCUCGUAUCCGACUGGUAGACCUUGCCGGGUCCGAACGUGCCAAAUCUACUGAGGCAACCGGGAAGAGGCUGCGUGAAGGUUCGAAUAUCAACAAGUCUCUGACCACUCUAGGCCGUGUGAUUGCAUCUCUGGCAGAUCCAAAACAGCGCCAAAAUGGGCGUAAGACCAAAGAUGUGGUCCCUUAUCGAGACUCCAUCCUCACCUGGCUUCUCAAGGAUAGCUUAGGAGGCAACUCAAAGACCGCUAUGAUAGCCUGCAUCGCCCCAGCAGAUUAUGACGAGACUCUAUCAACACUUCGAUAUGCCAAUCAGGCCAAACGUAUACGUACACGAGCCGUUGUCAACCAGGACCAUAUUUCUGCGGCCCAAAGAGACGCCGAGAUUGCAGAGAUGGCUGAAAUUAUCCGUACUCUGCAGCUCAGCGUUAGCCAGCAGGCGGUCACCAAACGAGAGAGCGAGCUGCAGACCGAGAAACUAGAAGAGUAUCAGAAACAAGUAACAAAAAUGCAACAGUUGAUGGAAGAAAUGAAGAUGGUCAGUGAGACCAAGAUUAGGCAGCUGCAAACCGAAAACGAGGCCCUCCGCCUUCAUCUGAAGCUGGCGCUGGAGAGUUUAAAGAACCCGAUACCUUCAGUACAGGUUGUCAAACAGAGAAACAGACAGAGUAGCAUUCUCUCCGUACCAGAAAAGGACGAAGGCAACAUUGGAAUACUGGAGGAAGAUGCAGAAAAGGAGAACACUGCGCCUUCAGGCCACGAUGAUCAGAUAUGGGAUGGUGAAAAUAGACCAAUCGGCCUAAACCGCUUCGACCUCGAAGCACUCGAAGUCCAGGCGGAGAUGGAAGACCUCCUUUCCGACCUGAACCUGUUCAGAAGAAAACUUGCUGAUGACUGUGAACGAUUUGGCGUCAAGAAGAGACCUAUACGAACCAACAACGGUACGAGAAAGGUGCUCGGUGAACUUGGAGCCAACAACUGA